AUGGCCGCCAUUUCUCCGGAUGUUGUGGUGCCAAAUAUGCUGCGCCUGCAAGAGGCCGGUCGGGGAGUAAAUCAUGGCAUUCCCACAAUGGCAAUGACUGCAUGCAGCAUGGAUGACCUGGUGACCAUGACAGGCUUUGGGUUGGCCUUUAUGUUUGCGUUCUCGAACUGGAAUAUAAAUGAUGGUUGCCGGGCGCCGAGCAUCUUAAUGCUGCGUGCCAUAGGUGGUGGUGUCGUUGGUGGUUUCCUGGGUUUUAUUCUCUGGUUCAUUCCACCUCCAGGCAUGGUAAGUCUUCGCGGUGAAGUGUAA